AACUCCUCCAUGCCGGUUUUGACGUUUUACAACACUUCAACACCUGCAGCUGUGGGCUGAACAAAAAUAUUAGGAUUUGUCAAACAAAAAUGGCAUUAUCCCGCGCCAAGCCGAACGAACUGCCCAAGGAUGCUGUUAUGAUAACAGAGGAUCAGGCCCUAAAAUACCAAUGGAAGAUCAUUACCGCCUGGGACAAAAUGGGCGAUGUCUGGUCACUGCGAUACACGCCCGGAAUUCUAAGUGCCCUAGCGGCCGGAACGGGUGCCUACAUAAAUAACCAUUACAGGACCAAGUUGCGACUCGGAGGACACGGUCGGUUUUCCAGCUACCUCCCAAUUGUCGCCGUUCCCGCAAUUUUCACCAUGCUGGCGCACAAGUUCUUCAUCCAGCGACCUAUUUUACUGAAUCCGCUGGGCGAGUGCCCGGCGUGCAUCCAGAUCCGCAGUGCCAUCUUUCAGACGAGUUUAGGUAUUGUUUACCCCUCGAUCCUGGCCCCAUUUGCCGCAUUCAUGUUCGCCACCCGCUGUUAUACGUAUCGGAUUCCGUCGAUCACGGAAAAUCCCCGCGAGGUGUUCCAGUUGUGGCGGAAGAUAACCCGGCCUAUUGUUCCGGCUCUGGGAACCAUUAUCUGCCUGCAGGCUUUGCUCACCAUGUUCCUAACCGGCCAGGAAGACAAGCAGAACUUUAACAUGAUGCUGCGCAUGAAGGAGAUCGAACACCGACUGGAGGAGGAGCAUUUGUCGCAGCGAAUCGACUUUUAAUUAUUGUUUUGUUAUAUACUUGAAAUAGAGAAUCAAUUGGAGUUCUGCCCAACUCCAUUUUGUACUUUCUAAAUAUAUUAGAUUUUAUUGAAUGACAGUGAUAAA